AUGCCCAAGGUUCAGAACAUCCUUCAUCGGAUGACAUUACCCUUCCCGCCAAAUAUAAGCGUUGAUGAGUUGUUGGAAAAAUCUCGAAACAAUAAUUCCCAACCUGGAAAGGUACCAAACUGUUUUCUAAUCUAUAGGUUGGUUUGGGUGGAACAAAUAAAAAGAGUUGGAAUAAAGUUAGAUUUGUCAGAAAUUUCUAGCUUUGUCGGACAUAAAUGGAAAUGUGAACGGAAAGAGGUAACAGAUUAUUAUAGGAAAUUAUCUUCCGACGCCAAAACGAAAUUUCGAACAAAUUCCAAACCACGAUUUAUAUUUCAUAACAAAUGUGAGUUGAAUAACGCCGAGCAACCUCAAGAUGAUGCUUCUACAGAUUCACUUCAAACGCCAGAAGGUGCUUCGCCUGGUGCGAGUUAUUUUCACUUUCCCAUGGAUAUUAACCACUCCUUUUCCGAUCAGGAUCCCACCAUGGAUUACUUUGCGGGUCUGACAAAUGGAAUGUCAUUUGAAGCGGAUCCUUCCAUGCAUCAAGGUUGCAGCCUUAAGGAGAGCAUCAAUGAGAUGCUGCGGUUAAUUUUCGCCAUCACUCCGGAAACCUAUAGUAAAUUACAUAAUAGGGAAGGUGUAAUCACUUCUGAAGAAUUGGAGAGAAUUAAAUUUGUUCUUGAAUAUAAUCGAUCGAUGAUCUCUGAACAAUCAAAAAGUUCAUCCAAAUGUACCUUGCUUAAUCACAUGUCUGCAAUUAAAGCGAGGAUGAAUCAAUUGGAAUACGCCACCUCCGAUGCUUUCAUUGACAUUAAAAAUAAUUUUAAUGAUUCUCAAAUGAGUUUUGGAUUUGAUCCAACCAGAGAAAUGUAUGAGUCAACUCCGCAGGACUUGGCUUUCAAUGCCGAAGGAAACGUUGACAGAUUUACACAAUCUGAAGUUUUGCAUCAACAAGCGUUAUUUACGCCAACUCCUUCCGAACACUUUGACUUUACGGACUCUCAAUUUAAUCAUAAUUAUCCCUUAUUACUUAGAAGAUCGAUUUAG